AUGUCUGGUUUCCUGCCAUCGAUACUGGAGGGCUCGGUUCGGGGUAACUAUGGGCUCAUGGAUCAGGUGGCGGCCCUACACUGGAUCCAAGAGAAUAUACAAGAAUUUUAUGGCGAUAAUAAUAACGUUACGAUCAUUGGUCACGGAUAUGGGGCCGCCUGUGCUCAUUUACUCAUGCUUUCGCCUAUGGCCACCGGGUUAUUUGCCAGAGUGGUGCUGAUGAGCGGCUCGGCGCUUAGUCCGUGGGCCAUAGCCCGCAACGCCGAUAUCUACUCAAUUAAAUUGGCCCAGGAGCUUAACUGUCCCAUCUAUGACAACAUAGUAAUGGUGGACUGUAUACGACACAAAACCGUUGAGGAGAUACAGGCGGUGCCGUUGGAAGCGCCCCAAUACCUGACCUCUUUCGGGCCUAUCAUCGACGGAAUACUAGUGCCUUCGGAGCCCAAACACAUACUGGAGACCGGGCUCUCCGACUUUAACUACCACUUUCAACACAACGUGUCUGGCCAUGGGGUGGGCGCGUCGGGCGCUACCGCCGGCGCCGCCACAGCCCCGCAACCAGUGCCGGCCCCUCCGCCGCAACCGCCGCUCACACCACUGUUGUCCCAAUCGGUGCACUACAUCAACAACUAUGACCUGCUGUUUGGCGUGACUCGAGUGGAGGCCCCGUAUGUGUUCGGCGCCCACGAAGAGCGUCACGGCAUCGAUCCGUCCAAACGCGACCGCAUUCUCCGUACACUCGUUAGGAAUUUGUUUGACUUUCAGCAACAGUCAAUAUUUUUGACUCUAAUGAAUGAGUACACGGAUUGGAACCGUCCGGUCGACCACCCGAUCAACCUCUUGGACUCGACGGUCGAUAUACUGGGCGAUGCGCUCCGC